AUGGGGCACGGCAAAUCAGAUCGUCCAUUCCUCUCGGCCGCCGAACAUUCGGGCAUCUACGGCGCCCAUUCUUCCUCCACGGGCAAGACCUCGCUUCCCUCCGUCUCUGCAGCCUUGCAUGCAGUCAGCUUCGACUGUUGCGCUCUCUCUUUCCAACCCUGGCGCAUACCCGUCUGUUCCCCGGAUAACGGCGUUGCAUUUGAACUGACCAAUCUAGUCCCUUUCCUGCGCAAGUACUCGCUCCACCCUAUCACUGGCAAGCCGUUCUCUUUGGACGACGUGGUUCGCUUGAACUUUCACAAGAACCAUGCCCGCAGGAUUCACGAUCCGGUAUCCUUUAAAGAAUUUGGAUCGCAUUCUCACCUUGUGGCAAUACGACAGAGUGGCAAUGUGUUUCUCUGGGAUACCGUGCAAAGGUUGAAUAUCAAAGCGAAGUAUAUGAAGGAUUUGCUUUCUGAUGAAGCGUUCAAGAGGGAGGACAUCAUCACGCUUCAAGAUCCAGAAAGGCCAGAAGAGCGGGAUCCAAGGCGUUUCUGGCAUGUCAAACAAGGCUUGCCGCUGAGGGAGCAAGAUAAAGGAAUCGACAACAAAGAAGCGGUCAACAGUUCUAGUGCUCAAAAAGUGUUGAGCAAACUUGGAGAGACUAGCUCUUCUCAACCGCAACGGUCCACUUCCACAUCCAAAGCAGCUCCACCCUCGACAACACCAAAAGCAGCUAGCUCGGCGUAUACCCGGAAUCAAGCCACCGGCCAAUCCACUGGAAUGACGGCGGCCAGUUUCACCUCUUCCUCCCUAACCCCUCGCACCUCGAUCAGCCGCGUCGAACUAGACACGGAAGAACUCAUGUUCACCCACCUCAAAUCGGUCCCCCACACAAAAGCCUACGUCCGUCUAACCACCAACUUGGGCCCACUAAACAUCGAACUCCAUUGCGAUCGUGCUCCCAAAACAUGCUACAACUUUCUCCAACUCUGCAAAGCGGGCAAAUACACGGAUACCAUCUUCCACCGAAACAUGCCUGGCUUUAUGAUUCAAGGUGGAGAUCCGACUGGCACUGGUCGUGGCGGGUCUAGUAUCUGGGGCACUGACUUUCGCGAUGAAUACAACGAAAGAGGCGCAUACAAGCAUGAUUCUCGUGCAGUAGUCAGUAUGGCGAACAAAGGAGCAGGCACUAAUGCAAGUCAGUUUUUCAUCACCUAUAGAGCUGUGCCGCAUCUGGAUGGCAAACACACCGUCUUCGGAAGACUGGUGGAUGGAGAGAGAGAUAGAACAUUGUUGGAGAUGGAAGCCAUUCCCAGUGAGACAGGGACCGAUAGACCGGUGAGGAAGAUUAAAGUGACGGAUGUACUGGUGACGCAAGAUCCGUUUGAGAGGUACAAGGUAAAGAAGAGAGAUGCGAAGCUGGUUGAUAAGGAUGAUCCGGAGUAUCUUAGCAGGUUGGAGAGGAAGAGGAGGAGGGACAGCGAUAGGACCACUUGGUUGGGUACUGAAUUGCCCAGCAAGAAGGAGCAAGGGGAGGAGAAAGGGGAGGAGAAAGGGGAGGAGAGGAGGAAAAAGGAGGAGCGCUUGUUGGCUAGUUCAAGUUCGAGUAUUGGAAAGUAUUUGAAUACUGCAGCAAGUGGGAAGAGUAUGACAGCGAGCAAUGGAGCAAGUCAAGUGUCCUUGCAGAAUGGAAGCAACAAGAGAAAGGGCGAUGGAGGAGGGUUUGGUGACUUUUCAGGAUGGUGA